UUUUAGCCUUCUUCGUAUACACACCCUUGCGAUGGUAUAUAGGCUAGUUUAUAAACCUAUACUUAUUUUAGACACGGUUGUAUAUAGAGCGUUGUCGACAACAUGCUGUUGAUGUUGAGAACCGUCUUAAUCGCUGUUCUUACAGCUGCUUUAUCGCACACACCUGGUGGGUUGGUAGAAGGGCGGUUGGAGAAACGUCCCAAUUGUCCUAACCGCCUAUUGGGGCCUAUGAAACUUGCGGGACCUAGACUACACAGUGCCUUCUUUUCCCGUGAUCCUCAAAUGCUGGUUGGACAUGCCAAAUUACCGGAAACUUCUGAGCAGAAUCUGCCUACUCGGGUAUUAUUCGCUCCCUUGGAGAACUCCAACGUUCGGAAGGCUGUGGCCGUUGCCGGUACCACUGCAUUGGCUUCAGCGCUAUGUUACGCUUACAUAAAACGUCUCUUAUGGCACCACCUAUAUGGAAAAUACAUUAGAAAGGACGCGCCUGGCAUUUCAAGUGUAUUAGGUCAUGUUCUAUAUACUAAAGAUGAUCACCAUCGUGUGGGCAGUAGGUCACGAACUGUAUUUGACAUUAUACGUGCUUUAUUUUUGCCAUUAUUUGAGCGAUGUUCGUGGAUACGAGGUAUUUUAAAGCUCAAUAUACGCCGUAUACCUAUUGGCGAAGCCAUUGAAGAGGGUUCAGUUACAGCGCUUUAUUUCCACUCAAACAACGUUCAAAAGAUGCUUAAGGAGAAGGGUUAUAAGGAUUUCACAUCUAAUUUGAUGCGCAUACAGGAAUCUGUGCAGGCCAGUGGCCGUAAAUUCCAGGUAGUGUAUGUUAACGUGGAUCAAAAGCAGGUUGACGGUGUAGAUCACUUUAAGGACAUGCCUUGGUACGCUCUUCCCUUUGAUGACAAAUCACGUAUAUCGCAUUUAUGUCAGCUAUAUGACAUUACCGGCAUUCCUAGUGUGGUCUUAGUGAAUUCUGAUGGUUCAGUGAUCAAUGACCGAGCCUUAUAUCACAUGGCUCACCGACCGAAUGACUUCCCGUGGAAGAUCGAGAGUGCGUUGGACUUGCUUCCAGAUACCCUGAUAAAUGGUAAUAAUCAGAUGGUUCCAAAGUCUGCGUUAGAUGGCAAGAUAGUCGGUCUAUACUUUGGAGCUGGGUGGACUAAAUCUAGUAAGGACUUCAGUGAAAAACUACAGGAGUACCACAGGGCUGUUAACGAGAAGACAGACGGCCGAUUUGAGGUCAUCUAUGUUUCUAAUGACAAAACUGAGGACGACUUUGAGAAGGAACUCUACGACAGCAAUGGCAAUUGGUUGUCUAUUCCAUAUCAGGAUUCGGACUCUCGCAUGCUUCUUCAGCAGUUUUUGAAAGUUCCUUUGAUGCCUGCUCUGAUACUCCUUGAUCCGAGUGGAAAUGUCAUCACUCCUGAUGGGCGCUUCUAUGUUGAGGCUGACCGUGGAGCUAAUGCCUUGCCUUAUGAGUCUUAUUUGCAGCGAUCUGGACGACAGUUUGUUGAGGAUGUUUCCGUCAAUGUUGAUGCCUUUGCUCACCAGCCUGUGGUCAUUUUAUUUAUGGAUGACGUUUCUGGAGAGGACCAGAGUGAACUGUUAUUACAGCUUUCCAAGGCAGCCGAGGGUCAUGGAUCCACUCGUAAAGGCCGAGAGCUUAAGUUUUUCGUCUCACGUGUGAAGGAUAAACGCAAUGAUGCCGUUCGCACCAUUUGUGGUUGUGAGCGCAAUUCCAAGCCACAGGUAGUUAUCCUAGACUUGCUGACGCAGAAAGUCCACUACGACCCUAAGAUGAAUGCCAUUGACAAAGACUCCAUUUUGGCAAUGAUUGACCAAUUCUACGAAGGCAAGCUAAAGACGCGCGGUAUUACUAUGCCGACAUAAACUAAUGACUAUUUCAGAAAAACGUAGUUAACAAUGCUGCACUAUCGUGAUUCGAGUGGUAAAGAACGCAUCCUGAGUUGGUAGA